AUGGACCCAACUACCACCACCACUACUACCACUACCACUGUAGACGAGACAAGGGGCAAGUGCAACAGUGCUUACAUUCCAGUUCAUCGUCGCCGUGGAAACAGCAUCUCGGAUAACCGUGUUCAGGAUGACAAGUGGAUCGAGGAGGAUGAGCAAGCACCCAAGCGUCAAUCCAUGUAUAGCCGGGCUAGCAGCAGUGAUAUUGACUCCCGCCGCUCCUCUCGUCAAUUUGCAUGGUCUCGUCAACAACAACGUUUUAGCCUUGCAGCAGCUGCAGCUCGCUAUGGCGAUGAUACUGAAGAUUCGGAUAACGAUCCUUUGACCCCACAUCAACGAUUCUCACGACCUGAUAGUCGACGUAACAGCACCGCGGAUAAGUUGCAUAUGGCCCUUGAAGGCCUUUCAGUACAUGAUGAACCAGAUUGGGAAGAAUUGCUACGUCAAUACGAUCGAUAUGAUGAUGGUCCCAUGGGUGGUGUUGAUAGCCGUCGAUCCAGCAAACGUCAAAGCCGCAUCAUGGAUCCAUUCAAUGAACCUGCUCCUGAGAUUCCUGUUGUGGAUGAGCCUACGGUUGUCCUUGACUGCUACGAUUUCCCUUCAGCUUUCAAGACUCAUCACUUGCAUGAUAUUUUCCGUGAAUAUGAAAACAUGCGUGGCGGUUAUCGCAUCAAAUGGAAGGAUGAUACGCGUGCUCUCAUCAUCUUUGAACAUCCCACUACAGCCAAAAAGGCCUAUAUCGAUAAUGUGUCUAACCCACUUGCCAAGAUUCGACCUUACAAUGGACCAACCGACUUUUUAAAGUCUCCCAACAUGAACCAGCGUCGUCCUGCGUCUAUGGAUUUGAAGCGUGCAAGUUACAAUGGCGGUUAUGGGAUGAAAUCGCCCUUGCGACCUGAGCGACAAAGCAUCCGAGGUUAA